UAGUCAUCGCAUGUCAACACUCUCACACAAAAAUCCUCUCUGUGCAGCGUUUGUUUGUUCUUCUAACUUCUCUCAGUUACUGUCUUGUUUUCCCAACCUCGAAAUUCGUUAGUUCUUCUCUGUGUUGUGUUGGCCUUGUGGGUUUGUCUCAAUCUUGUCUACCAUAGUGUUCACUACUUGUGUAUCUCACUUAAAUGUAACUGCAAUCUCCUCUACUUCUUCUUUGGUUUGCUUGCAUCAGCUCUUGUUCCUUUAUUAUAUAGCUCCUUGCAAAAAAAUGUAAUUUUGAUUUUAGAUUAAGUUACCCUUUUGAAUUCUUAUUAAUGCCCAAUUCCUCAAAAGUGUUCUGAACCAGUCCAUUCAUGGUUUCAGUCAUGGAAUCUCGUUAAUCUUGGCCAGAUAUCCAUCUGGGUCUAGUUGAUGAACAUAAUUCUCAGUGCUUCUAAAUUGUAGAAAAUGCAGGUUGUGAUGAUGGGUUUUCGUUAAUUUUGUCAGAUUGCCCUCCAUAGCUAUACCUUCAGAACUGAUAUUUAAUUAACCUCAGUUUGAGUGUGUGAAGUGUACCAUGUAACUGGAAUGCUACCAAUCUGCUUCUAUUGGGUUGUUUCUGGGAGUGAGUUUGGUCUCUCUGGAUGGCAUAUGGAGGGCUUCUUCGGAAUCCAGGGAAAGGGGUGGUUUUGGAUCUAGGAUUUGUCAUGGCUGAACGCUAGUCUUCAUUUUCAGCUCUGUGGAGAGUGUCUACUCUUCUUGUUAAAGUGAAAAAGAAAAGAAAAAACCAACUCUGAUACUCUUUUGAGUUUCGUUUGGAUAUGUAAUCCAAGUGCUUUUUGUUCAACUACUGACUCAUUCUUUUGUGGUUCAUAACAAUAUAUUCAAAAACUCUUCAUAAAUUCUUUGAAAUGUAAAUUCUUCAACUGGAUUCAUUUAUUCAUUUUCUUCAUCAAGGGCUUGAUGCCCUCAACAAUAAAAAAAAUGAGGUAUACCUUCUUCCUUCUUUCCAGUUUAGGAUGAUAUGUAGGAUUCUGCUCUCCCUGCCCGGAGUUGUAUUGAUGUUUUCAUAUAUGCAGCUUUAGUCACUAUUUUACCUCUAGAGCUCCCUUGAAGUGAGUCAGCAUCUUCUAAUUACAUAUUUUUCUUUUCCUAUAAACCAAAACUAAAGAUCAAAAUUAAUUCCUUGAUAUUCCAAGACUUUCAUGGAAGAAACAUUUGUUCCCUUCCGUGGGAUUAAGAAUGACCUCAAAGCCAGAAUUAUGUGCUACAAACAGGAUUGGACCAGUGGAUUCCAAGCUGGGGUCAGGAUCCUUGCCCCAACUACAUACAUAUUUUUUGCUUCAGCAAUUCCUGUUAUUUCUUUUGGAGAGCAACUGGAGAGAGACACUGAUGGAACUCUCACUGCUGUGCAGACUCUUGCAUCAACCGCGCUCUGUGGUAUUAUCCAUUCAAUCAUUGGAGGGCAGCCUCUCCUCAUACUAGGUGUAGCUGAGCCAACAGUUCUUAUGUAUACAUUCAUGUAUAACUUUGCAAAGGAUCGAAAGGAUUUGGGACACAAACUUUUCCUGCCCUGGACUGGAUGGGUGUGUGUUUGGACUUCCCUGUUGCUCUUCUUGCUGGCAAUUCUUGGUGCAUGCUCCAUAAUCAACAGAUUCACACGCCUUGCUGGUGAACUAUUUGGUCUGCUAAUUGCAAUGCUCUUUAUGCAGCAGGCUAUAAAGGGACUUGUGGAAGAGUUUGGUGUACCCAAUACCCAGAGAGAAGGUACCAAUCAGAUUGCACUCCAAUCCUCUUGGCUGUUUGGCAAUGGAAUGUUUGCUUUAGUUUUGUCAUUUGGCCUUCUUUUUACUGGUCUACGAAGCCGCAAGGCUAGAUCCUGGCGUUAUGGGACAGGUUGGCUACGGGGAUUUGUAGCUGAUUAUGGAGUCCCAUUAAUGGUUCUCAUAUGGACUGCUGUUUCUUACAUACCAGUCAACAAGGUUCCAAGGGGAAUCCCUCGGCGACUUUUCAGUCCAAACCCAUGGUCUCCUGGUGCAUACUCAAAUUGGACUGUUGUUAAGGAAAUGUUAAAUGUGCCCCCUUUAUAUAUUAUUGGAGCAUUUAUACCAGCAACUAUGAUUGCUGUGCUUUACUACUUUGAUCACAGUGUUGCAUCACAACUUGCACAGCAGAAGGAGUUCAAUCUCAGAAAACCCUCAUCGUAUCAUUAUGACCUACUACUCUUGGGCUUUUUGACCAUGUUGUGUGGGCUUAUUGGAAUCCCUCCUUCCAAUGGUGUGAUUCCGCAAUCUCCAAUGCAUACAAAGAGCUUGGCUACACUGAAACACCAGCUCUUACGGAAUAAGCUUGUAUCUACUGCACGAAAAAGCAUGCGGAAAAAUCUGAACCUGAGUCAGUUAUACCAAAGUAUGAAAGAAGCAUAUGAUGAAAUGCAAACUCCAUUGGUUCACCAAAUGCCACCUACCUUGCAGGGGCUGAAAGAGCUGAAGGAAUCUACCAUUCAACUGGCUUCAAGUCAUGGAUACAUUGACGCCCCAGUUGAUGAGAUUGUCUUUGAUGUGAAUAAGGAUGUUGAUGACCUUUUGCCAGUUGAAGUUAAAGAGCAGCGCCUCAGCAAUCUACUGCAGGCAUUGAUGGUUGGGGCUUGUGUAGCUGCUAUGCCUCUAUUGAAGAAGAUACCAACUGCAGUGCUUUGGGGUUACUUUGCCUUCAUGGCAAUUGAAAGCUUGCCUGGAAAUCAGUUCUGGGAGAGAAUAUUGUAUCUUUUCACUGCUCCGAGUCGAAGAUACAAACUGCUGGAGAAAUACCAUGCCACCUUUGUUGAGACCGUACCCUUCAAAACAGUUGCCAUGUUUACCUUGUUCCAGACAGCUUACUUGCUCCUCUGCUUUGGCAUAACCUGGAUCCCACUUGCUGGGGUCCUUUUCCCAUUGUUAAUCAUGCUUCUUGUCCCUGUGCGGCAAUAUUUUCUUUCUAAGGUUUUCAAAGGAGCCCAUCUUCAAGAGUUGGACGCAGCAGCAUAUGAGGAAGCACCUGCCAUUGCUUUCAACAUGUCCUUUGAUGUAAGUAGUUUGAACCAUUAUCAAAUUAGUACAAAAAUGGUAUAUGGUGGGGAAAUUCUUGAUGAAAUUAUUACAAGGAGUCGUGGAGAGAUUCGUCGCACACAAAGCCCCAAAACAAGUAGUUCAACUCCAACUUCAUUCGGAGAUAUAAGACCUGCUAAUAGUCCACACAUAUCAAGAAGGGUUCCCAGCCCUAGAGUAACUGAAUUGAGGGGGGAAUGCAGCCUAGCAGCAACUGGGAAGGAUAUCAAUGGUUCACCAUCAACCUAAAAAUGUAUCUUGAUAAUCGAUUAUAGUAGUAAAUGAUGCUCUAGAGGUCUUGAACUUGAUUUUGUGACAUAAGGUCAUCUUCUCAAUGUCUCUCUUUUCUUCUUUUUAACCUUUUACCAUAGUUUGUUGUUUGACUGAAUG